AAAGGAUGCACGACAGGCAUUCUUUGACCUGUGUCUGUUGACGUAUUCAGUUUUGUAAUAAGACUGCCUGGCCAAAGACUGUCGAUUGCUCUGUCUUUAGAAGCAGACCGACAGUGACCUGCGGAGAGUAAGAAUGCAUGUGUAUCACACACUGAUGUAGUAGUGUACAGAGGAUCUGAAUGCGAGUGACGAAUCCGAUCCAUCAGCUGUAGGUCUAUAACACACAAGACAUCCACUGAUCAUACCAUGUCAGAAAGAGCUGGAGAUUCAGAAUCCGACCAGAUACCUAAUCCUAAGGGGCAUAUGUUUGAACAUGCCGUCUCUCCUUCUCCGUCAGAAACACCUGUUCAAGGUAACUUCGGCGCUACCUGUCCCUCCAGUGGUCAGGUAGAAGACACACUCAAGCACUUCAGUUGCUAUGCCUACAGUGCACAACAGCCCCUUCCGGUUACGACUCAUAGCUCAGGCUUCACGACAGCAGAGACACGGAGGGUGACAAGCAUGCAAAAACUGGGAAUUUCUGCUGCAAGUAUGGCUGAUUAUUUGAUUACCGGAGGGACAGGAUAUGUCCCCGACGAUGGGCUUACUGGGGCUCAGCUUUUUGCGAACGGGGAGGGGCUUACUUACAAUGAUUUUAUCAUUCUGCCAGGCUUCAUAGACUUCACUUCAGAUGAUGUGGAUUUGACAUCUGCCUUGACCCGGAAGAUCACCCUGAAGACCCCCCUAGUGUCUUCUCCUAUGGACACUGUCACUGAGGCCAGGAUGGCCAUUGCUAUGGCACUUACUGGAGGCGUAGGAAUCAUUCACCACAAUUGCACUCCAGAAUUUCAGGCAAAUGAAGUUAGACUAGUGAAGAAAUACAAGCAGGGAUUUAUAGUAGACCCAGUAGUGAUGGGCCCAGACAACACAGUGGCUGAUGUGUGGAAAGAGAAGGAAAAAUAUGGCUUCUCUGGCUUCCCUAUUACAGAAAACGGCAGAAUGGGUGGGCGGCUGGUAGGACUGGUGACACAGAGAGAUAUUGACUUCCUCCCCCCAGAAAAGUAUGACAGACCUGUUAAAGAGGUCAUGACCUCCCUAGAGAACCUGGUGACAGCCACAGCGGGGGUCACUUUGUCAGAGGCCAACAAAAUACUGCAAGAAAGCAGAAAAGGCAAGCUCCCCAUUGUAAAUGAGAAUGGUGAACUGGUUGCUCUGAUGGCCAGGACAGAUUUAAAAAAGAGGAGAGAAUUCCCUGUAGCAUCCAUGGAUGACAAAAAGCAGUUGUUGGUUGGUGCAGCUAUCAGUACUCAUGAAGAGGACAGGACACGACUGGACCUCCUUGUCCAGGCUGGAGUUGACGUAGUUGUGCUGGAUUCUUCACAGGGCAACUCCAUAUUCCAGAUCAACAUGAUAAGAUACAUAAAAGGCAACUAUCCAGAGCUACAGAUCAUUGGAGGAAAUGUUGUGACAGCAGCCCAGGCCAAGAACUUGAUUGAUGCUGGUGUUGAUGCUCUCAGAGUUGGAAUGGGAAGCGGCUCCAUAUGUAUCACGCAAGAAGUGAUGGCUGUGGGCCGUCCCCAAGGUACUGCUGUUUACAAGGUUGCAGAGUAUGCACGAAGGUUUGGCAUUCCAGUGAUAGCAGAUGGUGGAAUACAGUCUGUGGGCCAUAUUCUAAAGGCUUUAGCUUUAGGAGCAUCUACAGUUAUGAUGGGAUCACUGCUUGCGGGAACUUCAGAAGCUCCAGGGGAAUACUUCUUUGCUGAUGGAGUUCGACUUAAGAAAUAUCGAGGCAUGGGCUCCCUGGAUGCAAUGGAAUCACACCGGGGAAGCAUGCAGAGAUAUUAUACAAGUGAAAGUGAGAAAUUGAAGGUUGCUCAAGGUGUCACAGGGACUAUAGUGGACAAGGGGACUGUCCAUAAAUUUAUGCCAUAUUUGGUCGCAGGAAUCCAGCAUGGCUGCCAAGACAUAGGUGCUAAAAGUCUGUCUCAUCUCAGAGCAAAGCUGUAUUCUGGUGAAAUUAAGUUUGAAAGGCGCACCCCUGCCUCCCAAAGAGAAGGGGGUGUACACGGGCUGUAUUCGUAUGAGAAGAGACUCUUUUAGCAUUAAAAGAAGAUGAAAGCAGAAGUAACUUGAUAGACAAUAUACAGUGCAUAAUUAUAUGUAUGAUCCUACACCUGAAUGUGAACAAGAAGAUGGAUUUCUAGGAAUGAGAAAUGAUUCAAAUAUAUCAAGCAAUUAAUUGAUGAUAUUGACCACUGAAGUGAUUGCCUGUGACCUGUGUUGUAUGGACUUUGAAACAAUGAAAAAAUGGAAUGAAUAGAAAUAUAGCAAACACAAAGAUAUUUGGUAUGGGAAUUAAACAUGUUUUUCCUGUGGUUUAGAGGAUCAAGGUUUCCCAAUAAGGGCAGGUGAUGUGAAUUGUUUCCAUUAUUGUUUUAUUUUUUUUUUGCCUAAUGUAAUGUUUCUCACUGUAACGAACUCAGACACUAGCAUGUGCACAAACCUAAAUCUCAAUAAUAAGUCGUAGAAAUGUUGCCUUGCACUAAUAUUCUGCAAUCUAAUAGUUGGUCACUUUUUAAAAAGAAUAACACACGUUUACAUGGUUACAUAUUUGGCUGUUUGGAUGUUAUAUCAAUGGAUGUAAUACAAUCUAUUUCUGUGCACAGAGCGUAAUUUGUUAAUGUUUUUAAUGACCCAUUCUUUCUGAACUGUAAGUUUCAUUAUUUUGUAAGAUUGUAUCAGGUGCACAGAAGUGCUAAAUAAUAUUUCAUGUCCAAGUGAAGAAUCUCAGUGUAAGAACACAAAGCUUUAUCAUUUAUUUUUGUCUUAGGACCUAAGGUAAGACAUACUUUCUAAUAAUGAAGCAUCCUUUUAGUUGAAAAUUGAUAUCUGUAUAGUGAUGUCUAACAUGUGCAAAUGUAGAAUAUACAGCAGUUGCCAGUUUUAGUCAGUUUCAGUAAGUUGGGUACUGUUAUAGAGGAAAAAUGAUGGGCUGAAAAUGUCCAGUAUAUUGGCUGAAACAAAAUUUCUAGAUUGAGCGCAGAUGCAAUAUUUCAGCAAGGUAGUCAUUUAGAUAUGAUAAGGAUAUAAAGCAGUCUGCAUCAGUUUCCAGCACACGUGUAUCUCUGCUGUACAUAUUUGAUAAAAUGAAGAACAGAUGUGUUAAAAAAAUAAAUGCACCCCAUGAAUUUAGACAUUGUUUGUCCAAUGUCAGUAUGUCAAAGGUAGUAUAUUGUUUGCCAAUAAAUACCAGUAUACAUUUGAAAAUAUACUUGCCUGCUAUAUUUUAAAAUAUUUUAAGAAUUUUUCUUUUAUUGACUGCACAAGUACUAUGUGUCUAGACACUAACCAAUCAUUGCCGCUAGCGUCACAGUCACUGAAUAGUGUCCUCAUAAAUGUAACAAAAACGUACAGGUCUGGAAUGAUUCAGUUUGAAAUCCUGAUGGAUUGGAAUGUUUUUCUGAAGGUAAAGGUUUUUGUCAAUUUUCACAUAUUUUCAUUUUGAAUGCGUGACUUAGAAUUGCAAAGGGUUUGAUAGUAGCACAAUAUUUAAAAAACUUUUUGCAUGUAUACUGUUAAGCAUUCCGGAUAAAAACAAAAAAAUUAAAAAUACAUUUUGUGGACUUUCA